CCAAAACAAACGCAGCCCAAACGUGGAGGGAGAUUUGAGAAGACUGCGGAUUUAAUAAUACGUAAUAAUAAAUUACACUUAUAUAGCGUUGUUCUAACGCUCAAAGUCGCUUUAAUUUAGAGCUGACUGGAUUUACUAAAGUAUUUCGAGUGCGUUGUUGAAUUGUCCACGUACUUUCGUGGUUAUGGAGUUGGACAAAGACGUGGUGGAGACGCCGAGAGGCUUUCGCUGCAGCCUGUGUAACGUGCACGUGGCCAACAAGCCAAGUCUGGAGGACCACAUGAAAGGUCGAAAGCACCAAAAGCUCUGCAGCAUGCGGGCUGUUCGCAGAUGUCAGGAGGAGCACAGUGUUUACGUCAGCGGCUUCAAGAAGAACACCUGCCAGACUGAGCUCGCCCAGUACUUCCAGCAGUUUGGACCGGUGUCGGAGGUCAUCAUGGACAAAGACAAGGGUCACUAUGCCAUUGUGCAGUUUGAUCAGAAGGGCAGCACAGAGGCGACCUUGCUGCAGGCGGAGCAUCAGCUGAACGGAACGACGCUGCGGGUGAAACCGCGGGAGAGGAAGGAGUUCAAAAUGAUCCCAAAGAAACGGCAAGACUUUCAGAACCUCCAUCAGGUCCUGGACUGGCUCAAACCUGAGCUCUGCCAGACCGCAAGUGUGAACGAACAGAUGCAGUGUGUUGUCGAUCGAUUUCAACUGGGAGAAACUGAAAAGAAGGCCAGAGGGUUGCUGGUUCAACUCCUGCAGGAGAUCUUCACUGAGUUCUUCCCAGACAGUCAGAUCCUGCAGUUUGGUUCAUCGGUCAACACUUUUGGGAUCCAAUCUUGUGACCUGGAUCUGUUUCUUGAUCUGGAAAACACCAAGGUCUUCCAGGCACGCGCCAAAUCCAGCACAGAGCAGACAGGGGAGGCCAUGUCAGAUGACGACCUCUCUGAGGACUCCAUCCUGUCUGACAUCGACCUGUCCACUGCCUCCCCAACCGAGGUGCUGGAUCUGGUGGCUGCCAUUCUGAGGAGGUGCGUUCCUGGGGUUCACAAAGUGCACGUGGUCAGCAGUGCACGCCUCCCAGUGGUGAAGUUCCACCACCGAGAGCUCAAUCUGCAGGGAGACAUCACCAUCAACAACAGACUUGCAGUGAGGAACACCGUCUUUCUUCAGCUGUGUUCGGGGGCAGAUGUCCGGCUCAGGCCUCUGGUUUACUGCAUCCGCUGGUGGGCCAAGCAGAAACAGCUAGCUGGAAACCCUGGUGGCUCCGGUCCCCUUCUCAACAACUAUGCUGUGACGCUGCUGGUCAUCUACUUUCUGCAGAACUGUGAGCCGCCGGUCCUCCCCACCGUGGACCAGCUCAAAGACAUGGCCUGCGAAGAGGAGGAGUGUGUGAUCGAGGGGUGGAACUGCACCUUCCCCAGUCAGCCCAUCUCGGUGCCUCCCAGCAAGAACACCCAGGACCUGUGUUCCUUGUUGGCUGCUUUUUUCUCCUUCUAUGCUCAGUUUGACUUUGCUGGCAGUGUCAUUUCCCUCAGGGAGGGUCAUUCACUCCCCAUCACCUCCUUCCUCUGCCCGGCUCAGGAGGAAGGAGGCAAGGCCCUGCGAGAGGAGAAACCCACCAAGGCCCAGGUCCUCACCCCCAAACUGGGUUCUGUAAACCUCCUGGACCCCUUUGAGCUCUCCCACAAUGUCACCGCCAAUCUGACGGAGCGCACCCAACGCAACUUUCAAAGGGAGUGCCAGGAGGCCGAGAAGUACUGCCGUAGCCUACAGUACCAGCGCAAGUCUACCAAGGGGAAGUCCUGGGGGCUGGUUCGCCUGUUUAUCCCCCAUGGCGAGGGAAUGUAUGACAAUUCACAGGAUGGGAGUGCAGAGAAGGAGCUGACCAUCAGCAUUCCCUUCAGGCCAGAGUUGCUCCCAGAGUUGUUACAGAGCCAGCUCCACCAGGCUGGAGACCUCUUCAGACUCCUUUGGUUCCAGAAGGUUUGUUCAGCUGUGGAGAAAGUCUUCCAGAAAAUUCUCAUGUGUCGCUCUGUUUCCUCUGCAGCUGCCGGCACUGAAGAAAUGGAACCAUCAACAUAUGACGUUGGUGAUGAUGUUGAAUCCUGGACCAAAGGUGCAGCAACCGUCGGGAGCAAGAGGCCACUGUCGCCUAAUGGCGGCAACACCUCUGUUUCUCCUCAGGGGAAGAAGCCAAGGUUAGAGAAGGAAGUGAAGUCCGACUUGCACCUCUGGAGCUGGACACAAAGUCACAUGGUGUGGGCGGGAAGGAGGAAGGUGAAGAGGGAGCUGGUCAGAGACAUAAACGGCAGGCCGGAGGCUGCGAACGUCGAGCUGGAGGUCCAGGUGACAGAGAAUAUUGUGAAUAAAGAACCUGAGGUGAGAAAUCCUUUAGAGUUCAAAGUUCAGGCUCAGAUAGUGGGCGGGACACAAAGCACGCAGACCAAACUGAAGGUCCAGCCGACCAGUGAUGAUACCGGACUUUUCCAGGACUUCUUCCAUUUCCUGGAAGUCUUCCUGCCUAAGAUGGUAGCGAUAUUACUGGAAAAAGAGGUUUGAAAUACAGAGGGAAGUCCUUUUCCUUGCAUUUUGUUUUGGAAAUCCUUUUUUGGAUUGUUUGUGAGCACUGAAUCUUUUUGUGUGUUCAUAUUUUAAAUCUUUUAUGAUUAGGACAUUAGAUUGUGCCUUUUCUGUAGUUCAGUGAAAUCUUCAAGGGUGAAUUAUGAAAGAACAUGAAUAUAUUCCUCUAGAAGGACCAUUAACAGAUAUUGCUCAAAAUAUUGUGUUGACUCUGCUGCCCGAAUAUUUAGUGUUUUCAUGUUCGUUUCUGUUGGUUUAUCAGUGACUCUGAGUAGAGUUCCUGAUAAAAGCUUUAAAUCCUUUUUUGUCAUAUAUGUGAAAUACAUCUAUUUCUGUUUUGAAACUGACCCCUCUUUGUAAGGUAGGCUGUGAUUGGAAAGGAAACUUCAGUAGUCUAAACUUGUGGAACAGAUGGAGCCACUGAAGACAUUGGAAUUCCACCACCACUGUGAAUGUUUAAUGGGUGCGUUCAAUAAA